AUGAAGCAUGUUCUCCUUAUUGCUGCUGUAAUGCUGACUAACUCUGUUUUCGGAUUUUACUAUGGAUACGACUCUAGCAUUACACAGACAGCGGCCAAAGCACAAUGCCAAGCACUAGGACUAAGGCUGGCCGUCCUGGAAACACUCGCAGAAUACGAGCAGGCCAAGGCCUUUUUACUCAAAUACGAGAACUUGUGGGGUAAAUCAAAACACGUAUACAUAGGACUAGAGCGCGACACAGCGGCGACCUCUGUCAGUUUUAAGUGGAUAGACGGAACCGCUGUUAGUUACGCCCCUUCCGGUACUUAUCCAUGGAAGGACACUGGCACACCCUCUACUGACGUCAGCAAAGCGUGUGUAAAACUGGAAUGGUCUGAACUUAAAUGGAAAGAUGUGUCGUGUACAGGUUCGGAGGACUUUCUGUGUGAAGGUUUCCAUUUAGGAACAGCCAGCAUUACCUGGAGUACCGCCAAAUCAACCUGUGAGGGGAACGGCAUGAAACUCGCCUCUCUUACAACUCAAGCAAAGAGCGACGCUGCAAGUUUGUAUCUGAACAUCAAACGAGCUCAAGAUGGUUCAGCAUAUGAGCGGGUGUGGUAUGGGCUGAAAUGUAAUUCGGGGUCGACAUACAUCCACGAGGACGGAUCAGCCCUGUCCUAUGGCUCCACUUACUACACCUUCCCCUGGAAUUCCGAAGAUCCAGGUGGUUGUAUGUGUGGUCGACUUAAGCGUUACACAUACACAAGCAAUGCGCCAUAUAAAUGGACGGACAAGGAAUGUUAUAGAUCAUACCCUUACCUCUGUCAAGAUCAGUUUACAAUACAAAGCACCACAACCACGACCACAACAACUACCACCACUACGACUACCACCACAAUAACUACCACCACCACCACUCCUCCCCCGACCACCUCGACCACAGAAUCACCCACCACCACCAAACCAUGGUGGUUCGUCGAGUACAGUCAAGACGGAAAGGCUAUAGGAAAAAAUGGAAAGACCUUUGAUGAGUCGGUGCCUCCUGCUCGGUUCGGUAUUAUCGGGAUCGCUGUGGGACUCUGUACGUUUGGUGUAAUAAUGGCCCUAAUCUGUGUGGUGUGGAAUUGUUGCAUCAGAAACAAGGCAGACUUUGCUGACAUGGAGGACGAGGAGGAGGAAGAAAAGCCUAAAUCGAUCAUGUUUACCCCUACGUCCGCUAAACCGCACGGCAUUCAGUACACGGCUUGAAAUGGACUGAGAUGAAGUCUCUACAGGCAAAUGCAUGUUAUAGUCUGAGUCAAUUUAAAACACCACAUGGUAUCGAUUCCUGAAACUGAGAAAAUGUUUACUUAC